AUGCGUGAGAUCAUUUCCAUUCACUUGGGUCAAGGAGGUAUUCAGACAGGUAACGCCUGUUGGGAACUCUAUUGUCUUGAACAUGGGAUUCAACCAGAUGGUACUAUGCCCAGUGAUAAGUCCAUUGGUAGUGGCGAUGAUUCGUUUUCGACCUUUUUCUCAGAAACAGGAUCAGGGAAACACGUUCCACGUGCUGUUUUUGUGGAUUUAGAAGCCACAGUCUGUGACGAAGUACGUACCGGUACAUACCGUCAAUUGUAUCAUCCAGAGCAGAUCAUUUCGGGGAAAGAAGAUGCUGCAAACAAUUACGCACGAGGUCACUAUACUAUUGGAAAAGAAUACGUGGAUGUCGUGCUUGACCGUGUCCGCAAGCUUGCAGAUGCUUGUACUGGUCUUCAGGGCUUUAUGGUGUUUAAUGCUGUAGGUGGAGGUACUGGUUCCGGUCUUGGCUCGUUGCUACUUGAGCGUCUGUCAGUUGACUAUGGCCGUAAGAGCAAAUUGGGCUUUACAAUUUACCCGUCGCCUCUAGUGUCUUCAGCUGUGGUAGAGCCGUACAACUCGGUGCUGUCUACGCAUUCGUUGCUGGAGCACACGGACGUGGCUAUUAUGCUGGACAAUGAAGCUAUCUACGACAUUUGUCGUCGUUCGCUGGACAUUGAACGUCCGACUUACAACAACUUAAACCGGCUGAUUGCCCAAGUAAUUUCAUCAUUGACUACGUCGCUUCGCUUCGAUGGAUCAUUGAACGUUGACAUUAAUGAGUUCCAGACUAACUUGGUGCCGUACCCGCGUAUCCACUUCAUGCUCAGCUCAUACGCUCCAGUGAUUUCUGCUGAAAAGGCUUUCCACGAGCAGCUUUCGGUUGCUGAGAUCACUAACAGCGCCUUUGAGCCGACCUCUAUGAUGGCCAAGUGCGACCCGCGUCAUGGCAAGUACAUGGCUACGUGUCUUAUGUACCGAGGUGAUGUUGUUCCUAAGGACGUGAACGCUGCCGUGGCCACGAUCAAGACGAAGCGCACCAUUCAGUUCGUGGACUGGUGUCCGACAGGCUUCAAGUGCGGCAUCAACUACCAGCCGCCGUCGGUGGUGCCAGGUGGUGACCUCGCGCGCGUGCAACGUGCCGUGUGCAUGAUCUCGAACACGAGCGCCAUUGCUGAGGUGUUUUCCCGCAUCGACCACAAGUUCGACCUAAUGUACGCCAAGCGUGCGUUCGUGCACUGGUAUGUGGGUGAGGGCAUGGAGGAAGGCGAGUUCUCGGAGGCUCGCGAAGACCUUGCUGCUCUGGAGAAGGAUUACGAAGAAGUGUCAGCUGAGACUGCCGAAGGCGACGACGAGGAGUUUGGUGAAGAGUAUUAA